GUCGUUCAAAGCGCACUCACCAUCGUAGGUCUUCUAAGGAAACUAGCAAGCGCAGUCGAAGUCGUUCGCGUUCUCGUUCUCGCUCGCGCAGAACUCGUAAGCGCAGCAAGAGCAGGGAUUCGUCACGUGGGCAUGGGCAUAGCGACAAAAAAUUGUCUUGGGAAGAAACCGCGGCAGCCUUUUUGGCAAAACUUGGUGACCCGAAAGCUGCGGCUAAGGUAUUGGUGUCCACAGCAAAAGCAAAAAAAGUCCCAGCACCCGAAAAGGUCACGUCCAAAUCAUUCGUCGAUGAGAAGAUCAAGCAACUAAGAAGUUUAGCGAGUCCUGUACCCUCAACUUCAAAGGAGAAAGCUGAAACUCAUUUGCAGACUGAGUCUGAUGAAAAGGCACAAAUGCGUAAGUUAUUGGGCGUACUCAUUACCAUGCAGCAAGAAGCGGAGAAGAGUGGAAACUUGGACGAUUCGGUGAUCGAUAAGCUUUACCGAGAAGUGGGUCUGAAAAAGUCGAACCAGACAACCAGCGACCAGUUGUUGGCGCAAAUAUGCGCGGAAAUCAUGCAAGGAAGUCAGUCCACAAGUAAACCAGCCAUAGACUUGCAGUCAUUUGGCAUUAGCGCUCAACCUGCACAGCCAGCACCAGUUUAUGGCGGAGGGAUGCAGUCGCAAGCGGUGCCGCAGCCGAAUCAGCAGUCUACUAUACAGCUAUUACUGUCUGAAGUGAAACGAUCUCUAGGGAAUCUGCAGCCUCCGAGACCGCAGUCUCCACUCAUCAAAUCUCCUCCUUUCGUCAUUACGAAUAGAGAUGAUGUUUUCCCGAAUAAUGAAUCAGUUUCGUACGUUUUUCCGGGCACAGACUCGAAGGAGCUUAGGCAUGAUUCCGACGUGGGCCCAUCGCGACCGGAAGAGAAUCUCUCCAGAAAGGAGAAGGCAGCUUUGCGGAAGAAGAAAUUGUUGGAGGAAGCCGAAAGACUGAGGAGACAAGCUGAAGAA